AUGAGCCUGAAUUUCCGUAUUCUUCGUGAGAGGGCUGAAAAAAUCGUCAAGUACAAAACACCCCAAGGAAAAGAAGUCUGUUUAACACGAGAGGUCUAUCUUCGUGAUGAUAUACCUUGUAAAUGUCUAUUAUGCGUGCACCCCGGGUGCAACGCUGAGGGCCGUAUGCUUCCGGCGGAUCUAAAAAAUUACAUCGUAGUGGACGGAUCAGAAGCCCUCAAUUAUUGGGAGAUUUUUGAAUUCGAACAGUUGAAAGGAGUAAUCGUCACGUUAUCGACGUUGAACUACGUUCAGCAACAAGCUCCCAACAAGCGUCCUUACAAGCGAAUUCGGUCAGCUCUGGAGGAUCCGGUGCAAUCGUGCAUAUUGUUUGACAAUGAAUUUCAUCAAAAGUGUUUCCGUCCGCCAGUUUUUGGUGAAAGUGUGAUGGACUUCACUACAAGGAUGAAUUGGAUAGUUGCCAACUGGUACCAGGCGCAUUUGGGAAAGUGCGCUUCAGUCAUUCUCGUGUCAAACAACAAGGCCGUGAUCACAGACUGCGCCUCUAAGUCCAUUCAGUCGAAGGAUUUGGACGUGGUCGUACUCAGUCUUCCAGAAUUUUUGCAAACCUACCAUCCAAACUUGUCAGAGGCAAAGCUACUUUUGGACUCUCUACAGGCGUCGUUACACUCAAAAAAGACUUCAGUCCAACAUGUGACUCCAUCUGCUAACGGCCAAGAUGAGUCUGACGGACAGGUUGUGAAGUCGACCAUUGUUCCGAACGGUAGGCGCAGUCCCCGAGUUUCCGUCAACCUUAUGUUCUACUUGAACCCAAAUUGGACUUUUCGAGAAAUACAAAUCGAUUUGGUUUCCACGAGAGACUCAACUGAAUCUCUCGUUUAUGAUAUUCUACAACUGAAUGUGCUGCACCCAGGCCGCGCCUACCUGAUGAGCCCCAAGAAGGACGAAGCCGGUCGUGAGCUGUCGAAGAGUUUUCAGCAACCUUGUAGGCGCAGUCCCCGAGUUUCCGUCAACCUUAUGUUCUACUUGAACCCAAAUUGGACUUUUCGAGAAAUACAAAUCGAUUUGGUUUCCACGAGAGACUCAACUGAAUCUCUCGUUUAUGAUAUUCUACAACUGAAUGUGCUGCACCCAGGCCGCGCCUACCUGAUCCCAACCAAGAAGGACGAAGCCGGUCGUGAGCUGUCGAAGAGUUUUCAGCAACCUUAACCGGAACCAGGAAAUAUAUUCCCGACACACUUACCAGAAUCCGCCUUACUGGCUGGACUCCGCUCUGGCCAGUUCCUUCGAGGAAUCCUGCGCGUGUCCCGUUUUCGUGCUACCACAGAAGCCAUGGUAACCCUAACAGACGCCAGCCUUGUCAAGCACCAGCCAGAACUGAAAGAAGCUCUGGCCAGCCGAAGUGAGAUCGCUGUAAAUGGGGUACAGCAUCGAAAUCGUGCCAUGGAUGGUGACGUUGUUGUCAUUCGGCUCUUGCCUCGUGAUCAGUGGGGCCACGUGUCAUCAAAUAUUAAUGCAACGGAAAGCAACGCUGCUGAGGUUGUUAGCACGGCCGUUGGUGCCGUGGAACAGGCGACCGAAGCAGAUCGUGCAGAUUCCACACCCGCUGCUGCCCUAUGGCCGAGCGGAUUUGUUGUGGGUGUUCUGAGUCGAAACUGGAGAGAUUACGUGUGCACUUACAUACCGGAAUCGGAUGCACUCGUGGAGCAAACUGGUUGGGUUUUGGUGACUCCGUGGGAUCGACGUAUACCGCGGAUCCGACUGCAUACCACACAGGCGGCGACGCUUGCUAAAGAGCGAUUUGUGGUUCGAAUCGAUUCUUGGGAUGCUGGAUCCAAUUAUCCACAUGGCCAUUUCGUUCAUUCUCUCGGACCCAUAGGAGAUUUGGAGACAGAAACACAGACGCUUUUAAUCGAACACAACUUGCCUGUUCGUGCGUUUUCCGAUGCUCAGCUUCGUGAACUGUCUCCUUAUAGUGUUCAAAGACCGUGGAAAGUGGACCCAGCCGAAGUCGCGCGCCGUCGUGAUCUUCGAUCUCCCGCCGUAUCAGGAAAUCCCGCAUCCGAAGAUGUUCUCAUUUUCAGUAUUGAUCCACAAGGCUGCCAGGAUGUGGACGACACUUUGUCUGUUCGCUGGCUCGAUCCGAUAGUUAUGGAGGACGGUAGCACACAUCGCCGCUUGCAGUUGGGUGUCCACAUAGCUGACGUGACCUUUUUUGUUCCCCCUGGUGGAUUUGUGGAUGCCGAGGCUCGGCGACGUACAACAAGCGUGUAUCUGGCCGAUCGUCGUUACGAUAUGCUGCCCGGUUUGCUAAGCGGUGAUUUGUGUUCAUUAUGGAGUGGAGUGGAUCGUUACGCCGUCAGUGUAUUAUGGGAACUCGACAUGGAUUCAUUCGAUGUAUUGGACGUGUGGUACGGGCGAACCGUAAUCCGUUCCGCCUACAAACUCACCUACGAGGUCGCCCAACAGAUCUACGACACACCAGCGACGAAGAAUGACACAGCUGCCGGAACAUCUCACGCCGAACAAUUGCUUGCAAAGAUGGGCGGCUCGGAGAAGUUGGGUGAGCUGAUCCCGGAACUCAAAGGAUUAAAGAAGCUAGCGGAAUUGGUGAAGCUGGAAUCGGCGAUUCGCCUGCUUGUGGAUGUCGCCUCAACUGUUCGAACUCGUCGUGUGGCUCGCGGUGGUCUGGAAUUGGAUAGCAUUGAGAUUGGUGUGAGAUUUGCCAAUCCGGAGACACGCAGUGGAAAGUUGGAAGAUUUGGUCCCCAAAGAGGUAAUAUUCUCUUAUCUUAUCCAGCCGUUAGAAAUGCAUGGAACCGUCGCAGAACUGAUGAUAUUCGCAAACCACUGGGUUGCACGCCGCUGUCUCGAAACCUAUCCGGAUAGGUCUUGUCUCCGGCGCCAUCCACCUCCACGACCGGAGUUCUUUGAUGAACUGCAACGAUGUGCCGCCUCUCGCGGGUUUCAGCUGGAUAUCGAAUCCAAUCGUUCUUUGGGUGCAUCGCUUGCCAAGGCCGAUGAUCCUAAUGAUCCAGAGGUUAAACGGGUCCUACUGCAGCUGACUACGAGAGCGAUGACCAAUGCGUUGUAUUUCUCCACCGGUGUGGACAAUCUGACUCGUGAGCAGUUCGCGCACUAUGGUCUAGCAUUGAACUUGUACACACAUUUCACCUCACCGAUCCGUCGCUACGCUGAUGUGCUUGUUCACCGCGUACUUCUAACAGCACUGGGAGAUUGUCGUUCGGCAAUAUCCGGCCGGCCAGAUGAAGUUCUGGGCCGCAGUGCUAAGCCCCCUCAGUUGAACCCCACGGUGUUUGGUCCAGAACAUCUGAUGCCGUCGGAAGAGCUCUCAGAGAUUUGUCAGCACAUGAACGAGCAGCAUUGGGCUGCUCAACAAGUGCAACGAGCUAGCGUGGAACUGUUUCAAGCGCUGUUCUUUAAAGACCGAGCAGAAAAUGAUCCGAUCCGAAUUGCAGAUGGAAUCAUUUGCCAGCUCCGAGGCAACAAUGGAUUCGUUGUUUUGGUUUCUCGCUACGGCGUCCGUGGAGCCGUUUGUGUAAAGGACCACAAAGGUCAAGUUGCCUGGGUUUCGGACAAUUCCAGGGUCACAUGGAUGCCGCCUGAUAGUGGUUUCGAGGUGAGUCGGGUCUACGCUGCUGAUCGGGGUGACUGUGGACAGCUGGAAGUUCGUAACCCCAGUACUGGUGCUGUUCAAUGCUAUCGUGUAUUUGAUCACGUGACUGUAAGUAUCGCCGUCUCUGAUUCCAUCGCGCACGGCCUUGGUCUUCGACUGCAACUACUCAGCGGACCGCGGUCGGCCACAGACGCGGUGGAAACAACAUUGGCCAAAACUCCUUCCGUUCCAAGCGAGGAAGAACAGAAAGCCAUCAAGGCGAACCUUAUUGAGUCCGUUCAAACCAGUGAUGCACAGCGUCGUCGAAAACGGGCUUUGGAUGAGCAAGCAGCCCUAGACGAUGAAAUAGACUCGCUGGAUCAAGCGUCUCUUAUUGGUCGACUGCACGACCCAACUUCACUUCACCACCGAUUUCAUAAAAUCUUGCGUCAAUGUGCGCCGUCGAAUUUGACAGACGAGAGUAGUUGAUAUCCGUUCAAAUUGUACAAAGUUCCCCGUUCUGUUUCUACGUCAAUUUUUGACUACGAUUUUCA